AUGACCACCUUCGCCGACACUGGAGGAUACCUGGUCUUUCUGCUCUUCAUUCCUGUUCUUUCGACACUAUGGAUAUGGAUGAUUGUCUCAAAACCAGCAAUAGUAUUCUAUGUCUCACAAGCGUUCUUCAACUUCCUCGCGAUGUGUUGUAUGGCGUCCAUUUCUGCAUUCCAAGCGAAAUGGAAAGUAGGACCUUCCGGCCUCAGCGGAUUUGCAGUCUUCGUGUCGGUCACCGGCAUUCUGUUCUCGCUCUUCCUACUCCUUGUUCCCGUCAUCUACGAGAAGUACGACAAGGGCGCCCGUCUCGCUCGCGCUCUCAAGGAAGUUCGUGUUGGGUUCAUCCUCUCGGGCGCUGGAACUGCCGUCAGUCUCCUCAUAUCCUUCAUUGUGACUAUCUCGGCGUGGACGGAGGCGGGCUGCAAGAACGCAGACAAUGACCCUCACGCCUCCCUCGGCGAUGACUUCAAGAAAGGGCUCAGUGGGUUCUGCAGCACCAAGAAAGCUGGAGCUAUCUUCUUCUGGCUCACCUUUGUGUUCUGGUGCUGCACCCUGACGCUCGCAGUGCUGGACUGGCGCAAUGGCAAGUCUUCGCGCGCCCGCGACCCCCCUUUCACGCACCCUAUGGAGGCUUCGGAGGGCUCGGACUACAGCCGCGCGAACGACGACGACGACGAUUACACGGACGAGGGUGCUCAGCAGAAGCCUUUCUCUGACAACUCCAACAAGCCAUACUCGCCCUUCAGCGACUCUAACCGGCUAUCCGGUGUCUCCACAUCCCCAUCGUACCAGGCGCCCGCCUCCACCCCCUUCGCGAGCAGCCAGGCUGCACCACGUCCGAGCAUCGAUGCCUACGGCGCGUUCUCCGACCCUGCACCGUCCGGAUUCGCUGGCGGCUUCUCUGCUCCUCCUCAAGUUGUCGAUGAUACGCCCCGCGUCAGCCGAACGAUGCAGUACGCGGACCCAUAUGCUGCAGUCCGGGCAUCCAUCGCGACUGGCCAGUCCGCUCCCGGUAGCGGUGCGGCGACGCCUCCCUCGGGCGGACCUCCCCCACCGGGCUACUCGUCGUACGGUGGUUACCGGUGA